CAGGAGCGUCAGCGCCAGUGGCGACAGCAGCGUCAACGCAUCUGCGCGUCUCUGUAUCGCCUCAUUUCAGGCCAGUCACUGAAUCCCUCCGUUACAGAUCGAGAUUUAACAGCGCGUUAGGAUCUUAACGCGUCGACAGCUCUGCGUCAGCCUCAGUCUCGAGACCGCCGACUCCGUUCAUACUCUCAGUCUGUUGAAUGUUUAAUGGGAAAUGGCGAUGUAUCUUCAGUCCUCCGGUCUGUUCUGCCUCCUCUCGUUGCAAACCGCGCUGGUCGUGUUCCUCAGCGUCUCCUCACCGGCAGCGGCGACGCUCCGCUUUCCUCAACACUACACGAUGAUUCACUGGGCCGGACGGAUAGAAAAGGAACUGGAGAAGGUUCUUCAGCUGGUCACCGGAGGUCAACAGAUGAAAGCUAUAUACAGCGAGAAGAGAAGUCAGUUUGAUGUGGUGAGAAACACACCCAAACAGCUGGUGGACACCGUGGCGAGAGACAUCGCGCGACUGCUACGCAGAAAGCGUAAAGCACUGGAGAGGUUGGCCAGAGAGGCUGAAGACAUCCAGAGAGAACACGCAUGGCAAGAUGCAAUCAAAGAGAAUGACAUUCUGUACUACGACUCAAAAGCUGACUCAGAUUAUUCGGAUGAUGACGGAGACGGUGAAAACCUCCUGGAAAAUGCAAGCUCUCUGUCUCUGGAGUUCGUGGAUGAUCCCAACUUUAAAAAUAAAGUCAACUAUUCCAACACUGCUGUGCAGAUCCCUACUGACAUCUACAAGGGCUCUCCCACGAUCCUGAAUGAACUGAACUGGACUCAGGCUCUGGAGAGAGUCUUCAUCGAGAACACUCGUGAGGAUCCCUCACUGCGCUGGCAGGUGUUCGGCAGCGCCACUGGCGUCACCAGGUUCUACCCAGCGACUCCGUGGAGAGCACCCAACAAGAUCGACCUGUAUGAUGUGAGGAGACGCCCGUGGUAUAUUCAGGGUGCUUCGUCUCCAAAGGACAUGGUCAUCAUCGUGGAUGUGAGUGGAAGUGUGAGCGGAUUGACCCUGAAACUGAUGAAGACCUCUGUCAUGGAGAUGCUGGACACGCUGUCUGAUGAUGACUAUGUUAACGUGGCUCAGUUUAAUGAGAAAGCUCACGCUGUGGUUCCGUGCUUCACGUCACUGGUCCAGGCCAAUAUAAAGAACAAGAAGAUCUUUAAAGAGGCCGUGAUGAAAAUGCAGGCGAAAGGAACCACUGACUACAAGACGGGAUUUCACUUUGCCUUCAACCAGCUCUUGAACGAGACCAGCACUCCAAGAGCAAACUGCAAUAAGAUGAUAAUGAUGUUCACUGAUGGAGGAGAAGAUCGUGCUCAAGACAUCUUUGAGAAGUACAACUGGCCAAACAAAACCGUGAGAGUUUUCACAUUCUCUGUUGGGCAGCACAAUUAUGAUGUCACUCCACUUCAAUGGAUCGCCUGUGCAAACAACGGUUACUACUUUGAAAUCCCUUCCAUCGGUGCCAUCAGAAUCAACACACAGGAGUAUUUAGAUGUUCUGGGUCGGCCGAUGGUGUUGGCGGGUGAACAGGCCAAGCAGGUUCAGUGGACCAAUGUUUAUCAGGACGCUCUGGGUCUGGGUCUGGUCAUAACCGCAACGAUGCCGGUCUUUAAUCUGACAUCUGAUGGAAACUCUAAAAAUCAGUUGAUUCUUGGUGUGAUGGGUGUGGACGUCGCUCUCAGUGAAAUUAAAGAACUCACUCCACGCUAUAAGCUUGGAGCCAAUGGUUACACAUUUGCCAUCGAUCCCAACGGUUACGUUCUGUUACACCCCGACCUGCAGCCUAAGAUUAUUAGUUUUCAGGAGCCGGUUACAUUGGAUUUUCUGGAUGCUGAACUUUCAGAUCGCAACAAAGAAGAGAUCCGUCGGCAGAUGAUUGAUGGCAGAUCUGGACAGAAGAAGAUCAGGAGUCUGGUUAAAUCUGCUGAUGAGCGUUACAUCGAUGAGGUGCUGAGGACGUACAUAUGGACUCCGGUGGAGGGCACGAAUUACAGUCUGGGUCUCGUUCUGCCGACCUACAGCGAAAAUCACAUCAAAGCAAACCUGAGCGAUCAGAUCCUUCAAGUUCAGUAUGGAUCAGACUUCAAGGAUUUUGAGUCUCUGCUGCCAAACACUUUUGAGUCAGAGGGACAUGUGUUCAUAGCACCCAGGGAAUACUGCAAAGAUCUGGAGCUGUCUGCCAACAACACCGAGUUCCUGCUCAACUUCAUCGCUCUCAUGGAGAAAGUCACGCCAGACUCCAAACAAUGUGACAACUUCCUGCUUCAUAAUCUGAUCUUGGACACGGGCAUCAUCAGACAGCUGGUGGAGAAAGUCUGGAAGACCAAAGAUCUCAACACGUAUGGAUUUUUGGCCGUCUUUGCAGCCACAGAUGGAGGAGUGACCAGAGUUUUCCCAAAUAAGGCUGCUGAGUCUUGGGAGGAGGACUCCGAGCCGUUUAACGCCAGUUAUUAUCGUCGCAGUCUGGACAAUACGGGUUAUAUCUUCAGAGCUCCGUACCGCACCACCAACGACGACAUCCUGAACCCAGAAAACGACACCAUCGGCAUUCUGGUCAGUACAGCGGUGGAUAUCACCAUCGGAUCCAGAAACCUCAAACCCGCAGUUGUUGGAGUGAAGCUUGAUCUUGAGGCUUGGACAGACAAAUUCAAGAUCCUGGCGAGCAACCACACAGACAGCAGCCGGCAGAGCACACAGACGUGUGGACCAACCAGUGGCUGUGAGAUGGACUGUGAAGCCAACAGUGAAGACUUGCUGUGUUAUCUUCUAGAUGACGGAGGUUUCCUCGUCAUGUCCAAUCAGAAAGAUCACUGGAACAGGAUCGGGAUGUUCUUCAGCGAGGUGGACCCGACACUCUUCUACGCUCUCUAUAACAACUCUCUGUACAACCGCAAGCAGUCGUAUGACUAUCAGUCAGUGUGUGACCCUGUGCCCAGCAGUAAUACAGGAGCCGCCCGUCGAGGGGUGUUUGUGCCCACUAUUGCUGAUGUUUUAAACGUCGCCUGGUGGACAUCAGCCGCUGCCUGGUCAUUACUGCAGCAGAUGCUUUAUGGAUUUGCCUAUCACAGCUGGUUCAUGACAGAUGAGGUGGAUGCUGAGGGGAUGAUGGACCAGAGUAAACAGACCAGUUGUGUUACAGUUCAGACGCAGUUUUACUUCAGUAACAUCAGCAGCUCUUACAACAUCUUACAGGACUGUGAUAACUGCUCCAGGUUAAUUCAUGCUAAGAGAAUAAACAACACUAACCUGCUGUUUGUGGUGGCUGAACGCCUCUCCUGUAACUCCUGUGAGAUGGAGAAACUGUCUCAGGUGGAGACUGAAUACAAGGACCCGAACAUAUGUGACACGAUAGCCACGGCGCGGUACAGAAGAGGACCCAAACCCUGCUUCGACUAUAAUGAACAUGAAAACACAUCAGACUGUGGGCGGGGCCACUCGUUCCGUCCCUCACUCUUCACUUUACUCCUCCUCCAGCUCCUCCUCCUCUGUAUUUUGUCCCGCCCCUCAGUUUAACUCCGUCCUCCUUGUCUCGUCCUCCCGCUCCUCCUCAUGCCUACGUUAUCUCCCGUCGCUCUAGUCAUAGAUAAUAUACAGGGACUUCCUCCUGCCCUUAUAUGGAAGCCCGCUCGUACUGCUUCAUCCACUUAGCUUCACAGAUUGUUGCUUAGUGACCGUUGCAGAUCUUCGUCGUUGCCUGCCAAUCGAGAGCAUUUGUGGGAGGAGCUAAGUGUCUUUAUGAAAAAGGAAGCUAAACAAAGUUACUGCUGAGAAAACGACGGCCAUCUCGGACCAAGAGAUGAAGAUGUGGAAAAAAACAACACGGACUGUUCCCUCACAUGGGGGAGGAGUUUCCUUCGACGCCGCCUCUAAGGAGGAACGGUCAUUCUUAUCAUCAUCACAUCCAUCGUGUGUUGUAACCCACGUGUCGUGUAGACGUGGGCUACACAACUUUCUGAUGCUGUCUAGCUUCCGGUAACAAGAAAAUAAAAGAAUCGCAGAACUUUUUAAGAGAUUAACAAACAAAAAACACAUGUGUAACGACUCGAGACGAGUAUUAAAAACAUACCUCCAUAUAAUAGAAUAAUGACAUGAGAAGGGACAGAUGAUAGAUCUUAUUUAUUCAAUUAGCUUUUAUUUAUAAACUAGUAUCUACUUCUUGCCAAAACGAGACUUGUUGUGUUUUUCUAGCCAAAUUAGGAGGACGAUGAAAAUAAAAGGCUGACGUCUGAAUGAAAGUGCUUGAGAUGAAAAGCCGUCCGCUCAUAAGGGCUUCAGUUUCUUUUAGUAAAUUAAGAUUAUUUUUGUGUCUUUUACCACAAGUCAGACUACACAGAUGCUUGAUGUGUAACGUGUGUUUGCUUUUAAAGAACGGUUCAGUCGUCACCCUGAUCUCAAACCGUCUUGAAGAAUCUCUGCUCUGAGUUUUCUGUUCAGUGACGGUUCACGCUGAUGUCUGAGUCAUAUUGUGUGCUAUAGGUCUGAGUCUGUUAACAGAACAGAUUGUUAUUCCCUUCAUACUUCAGAUGUCGUCAUCAUCUCUUCUAACUGAAGGAAUGUCACUCUGAAUCUUGUGUUUGGCUUUUUUACUCGUGAGACAGCUCGUAGCACACGGGUUGUGUUGUGUUGUGUUCUUUCACCUCGACAGGAGAGAUCACUGUGAACCGUCAUUGUGUGGAAAACAUCCGUGUGAAGAUUCUUCAGUAGGGGUGAGUGAACCAUGACAGAAUGUGUUAAACAAUCAAGCAGAAGAUGAGAGGGAGUCCUGAUGGAUUGAAUCGCAGUUUUUUUGAUGUUGAUGAUGUCAGAAUGUCUAUCGUGCAUUGUGUACGAGAACUUCACUUUUAUGUGUGUGAAUAUAUACUUUAUUUUCUAGAUUAUUAUAUAACACGAGACUCAAACAUACUCGUGAACUCAAACUCUUCUCUGUAAUGGGCCGUCGGUUCACUGUCAUGUCCACUUGUGUGCUUAUUUUUUACACGUGUGUGUUGAAAGAGUUAGACUAUCAUUGGAGCUUACAGCCUCAGAACACUAAAAACUAAAUCAGUGUUGAGAACACAACGCACAAUAUACUGUAUACUGGGUCAAGCAGUGCAGCGGUGGCCGUUCAGUUUGUCGUCUCUCAGACAUGAAUAUGAUUAUUUGGUGUCGAGUUCGUCGAUCGACGAAUCGAGAGAUAAAAGGUCAAGUUGAGUGCAGUGCAUCAUGGGAAAUAUUCUUCUGUGCAGUGCCCACAAUAUACAGUACAUACUGCAUACUACAGAUUGUUAUGAAAGUGUUGUUGAAACACAUCCUGAGGCUCCAGAACGUACUGUAGGAUUACAGAAAUAGAGUUUGUGAAUUCUAUAAGAGAAUGAGUUAUUGUUGUGAUUUCAGUCUGAAUCUCAGAUUAUUCACAAGCACGUUUAUGUCUUUCAUUGUUUUCUGUAGCACUUUCAUGUUUGUAUUAAGGCUGUCAAACGAAUAAUCGUGAUUAAAAUAAAAAUUUUUGUUUAAAUAAUACAUACAAAUCCGUGUACUAUGCAUAUUAAUUUUGUAUUUAUAAACACAAAACACACACACGCUUGUUUAUAUGUUUAGGAAAUAUUUAAAUGUGUAAUUUAUAUUUACCAAUAAUUAAAAUUCCAAAUAAACGUUUAUUUAUUGUUAUAUUUCUCUUAAAUAUAUGCAUUCAUGUGUGUGUUCGUAAAUACAAAAAUAAUAUGCACCGUACAGGACAUAUAUUACGUAAACACAAACUUUUAUUCAAUCAUGAUUUAUCGUUUGACACACUAGUUUUUAUCUUAGCGAUCUUGUACAAAACUACACAACAACACUUAAUGUUCUCAGUGAGUUUUUAAGCACUUUAAGUUUCACAAAGAAUCAUCUACAUGUACUUCACUGUCUAUGAUUCUUUACGAUGGAGUCCUCAGGUCAGUGUUCUUCAGUUUCUUUAAAGCAACAACAAACAGACGUUUUGUGAAGUCAAACACACGCUUGUGUGUGUGUGUGUGAGUGUGAGCACAGAAGGAACUGAAUCAAUGUUUGUUGUCAUGAUGUGCGUAUGUGAAAUAACUGUGAGACGAGUAUUCUGGGAGUGUUGUCAGUGAAUGAUGACGUUAGAUUUGUGGUUUUUACAGAAGUGUCAAAAGAAUAUUUCAGAUCCGUUUGUUUUCAGGGCGUCAGUGAAACAUUAAAGGUAGAGUUCACCCAAACAUGAAUAUCAUUCUGUCAUUUACUCUCGUGUCUUUUCAAACAUUAAAAUCAUAUCAUGACUUCUCAAAUAACUUGAAAUAUUAAAUUGUUUCAUUUUAUUCAGUCUGCAAACUGAUAGGAAUUUAUCACAACUUUUUUAAUGAUCUGCAGAAAACAAAAGCAGUGUUUGGACCGACACGAGGAAAUCACAGAACUAUUACGAUUAUUGGUGGAUUGUCUCUUUGACUCAUGAACAGUGCCGAUGAUGUCAUGUUGUGUCAGCGCUGAUGAUGUCAUGUUGUGUCAGCGCUGAUGAUGUCAUGUUGAGUCAGCGCUGAUGAUGUCAUGUAUUUUGAGAGGUGCUUGAAUGCUGCAUGUCUGUGAUGGACACACUGUUUGUUCAGUGUUAACUCUACACAUCACUAACUUUGAAACUUGAUUGCAACCCUUAAUCUCACGCUAUCACACGUGACCUCAAACCUUCUCACAGAACACGCGGUCACACGCUGUUCUUGAAUUCUCAUUUCAGACCCGUCCACCAGACUGAUGAAGAGGAAAAACUCCCCCAAAUGUCCUUCUGUUCUGAAUUCAUGUGCAUGGUCAUAUGUGGUAAUGUCAGCAAAAAAACUAAGACUGUUUUUAGCGUGUGCUUUUGAUCUUGAUGAAGUUAAAGGUGAUAAUCACCCAUAAAUGAACAUUCUGUCAUGAUCAUAUCCACACUGACGAUGAUGCUUCGCGUACGGUGAGGAUCAGACUGAACUGAAGUCAUCAUUUGCUGAAUAUCAUUGCUGUUGGUUCUCACAUCUUUCAACCAAUCGUGAGCCAACGAAUAGAAAUGUGCACUUCAGUCUGUUCAUCACACACAGCCGUGAAUCAAUGACAGAAUGUUCAUUUGUUCGGGUGAAAUAUUACCAUGAUGUUGUUAGAUGGCUGUCAAGUGGCUGUUGUGUUCCUCUCUGCCGGAUGAUGGGAAUAUUUUCACAUCAGGUAAAGAGAGCUCAGAGAGAUGUUAAUAUGCCUUGUCCUUUAUUCCAGCGAGCAGUUUAAAACUUUGCCAUACUUUUUGUUUAGUUUUUUAUUUUCUAAGGAAAGCCUGUAUUUGUUUUAAUUCUGGAACACUGUCGAUGUACAGGGGUGCAGAAGCACUUGCCCAGCGUUUUGGCGAGACGCCGGCGAUGAAACGAUGAUGAUUGUGUCUGUCUUGUGUCACAAUUCACUGUGGAACAAAAGUAUUUGUUUUUAAGUGGUCUGAAAGAUUUGCUUUUGCCAAAAAAGAGAAAAAAAACAAUAGUAUACAAAAAGAAAAGCUAAAAGAGGAAGCAGCUUGCAUUUGGGGAGGGGUCUGCCCCACCCACCGGGAGGAGUCUCUCCCGUGGCCCCUCCCCCUCCAAAGUAACAUCCCUGUAGGCGCGUUUCCAUCAGUGAGACGUGUGUAUGUGAUUACGUAGUCUUUAGUCUGGUGAUCCGUGACAAACGUGUACAAAAACAUAAAUAUAGAGAAAAAAAAACACACAAAGGAGAAAUUGAAUUAAACACGAGUGAGGUUUAAACGUGUAUUAAAAUAUAGAGAAUCACACCGUACUGCUGAUUAAACUCAUAUGACUUGAGCUCUGUUAUCAUGGUGAGAGUUUGUGUGUCGGUGGCCUCUGUCAAGGCUUCAUGUUGCUUCAUUUUCUUUUGUACAGACAACAAAAAACCACAAGGGAAAAUUUGUAAAAUAUUGUGUCUGUGACUCCUUGUAAAAUAUUUUCAAAUUGUUUAUUACAGAGAAUCAGUUAUUAAAUAAUGUUCAUAUUUUUCACUUCA